AUGUUUCCAGCCCUCCGGAAUGCGGUCCGUCUGCGGCCGCUGAUUCGCCAUAUCCCGAAGGAUCAAUUGCAACCUCUUCGACUCCAAGAUCCUUACUGGACUCGAUGUUUCAGCACCCCACCCUGCGAGACACCUGGUCUUCGAAGCCUGCAACAGCGUCGACAUGUUCACGAUCACCGGGGAGCCAGACACCGAGACGUGGCACGACAGGCGGAACAGCCGGGAAACGUGGCGGGCCCUCAAACUAGAACUGAAGCGGUUUACGAGAGGGUAGAGGAUCGCUUCCAUCAUUCGGCCCCUUUCAAGGUCCUCAUCCUAGGCGGCUCAUAUGCCGGCCUUGCGGCUGCUCUUAAUCUAGUCGACCUCUGCCACGGCCGUCGACAUCGGUUCUCCAUUACAGACGGAGACAAUGGUACCGGAAAGGUGAUCCCGGUGCAGGUUACGAUCGUUGACCCCCGCGAUGGCUGGUUUCAUCUGAUCGGCCAGCCUCUCGCACUGUCUUCUAAGGAAUCUGCAGAGUCUUUUUGGUGCAAAUACUCCGAUACCCCGGCCCUCCAAACCUCGGAUAUCUGCACCGUACAGGGCACAAUCGACUCCUUGGACUGCACGUCAAAGAGAGCCACCAUCGCGACAUCUACAGGACCUGUUCAGGAGUCCUACGACUACCUCAUCACCUGCACCGGUCUGAGCCGCGAGUUCCCUAGCGCUCCACGCUCGGUUACACGCGAGACAUACCUCGCCGAGUCAGCGCAGAACCUCGCCAACGUCCGCGAUGCGCCGAAGGGCGUCGCCAUUAUCGGCGGCGGCGCCGUCGGAAUCGAAAUAGCCGCCGAGUGCAAGAUGCUGCACCCGCACACCAACGUAACCCUAAUCCACUCACGAAACUCCCUCCUCUCCUCCGAGCCCCUGCCCGCCGAAUUCUCAGCAAAGGCCCUCGAAAUCAUCCGAUCCAGCGGCAUAAACACCGUCAUGGGCGCCCGCGUCAACUCCACCACAAAGACAGACACCGAAUACACACUCACCCUCUCCACAGGCGAAACCCUAACCGCCAGCCACGUCAUCAACGCCGUCUCGCGCUUCACGCCUACGGCGCCCACCUACCUCCCUCAAGGAAUCUGCGACGACGAGGGCUAUAUCCGGAUUAAACCGACGCUGGAAUUCCCGUCUGAUGCCUCCCUGCCUGCGGAGAUUGCAGCGGACCAUUAUGCCGCCGGUGAUGUUGCGCGGUGGUCUGGGAUUAAGCGGGGCGGGGCCGCGAUGCACCAGGGACACUAUGCGGCAAGGAAUAUUCACCAGAAGAUGAUGGCCCAGGUGUAUGGGACGACGCCGGAGUUUAUGGCGCUUGAGGAGGUGCAGGCGGGGAUGGGGAUUGCGCUGGGUGAGACGGCGCUUUCGUAUUUCCCGUCGAUGGGGCUGGGGGAGGGCAAGGAGACGAAGAAGGUCUUUUUCGAGGAUGAUUUAGGGUUUAUGAUCUGUUACAGGUGGAUGCAGCUGGGCAAGCCGAUGCCACCGCCGGUCGAAGCGCCUGCCAGUGAGGAGUCUACGCCGGUCAAUGUGGCCUCCACCCCGACUCCUGUCGAGGCAGCUGCUUGA